CGCCCCUGCCCCCUGCUUGCUGCUGCGAAAGAAAACCAACCCGUAGAAAAACACUCGCGCGAUCGCCGGAAAUGCCCUGCCGCCGCCGCCGCUGCUAGUGCAACUUGCUCCUCCUGACCCCUGUUGGAUUUUAUGCCCGCUUCGCUUCCCCAAUUGUUUACUGCCAGCGAAUCUUCUCCCUCCUCGCGCACCGGCCCCUGCCCCUGCCCCCGCCCGCUCACCCGCUCCCGCCAACAGGCCUUUUUGCCGGUAUGGCGGAUUCGUGGGCGGUCGGUACUUGACGGCGGCGUCGGUCCGGGUUCUGCCGCCGCGGCUCCGGGAGAUGGGGCGGCGCCAAGGAGGGAACGGGUGGGGCGUCUGCGCCGUCCUCGCCGUCGCCUCGGUCGUCUCCGCUGUCGUCAUCCUUGGAGGUGGAGGUCAUCAGCAAUCUCAUGCACCUGCCUUUGGUCGUAAAGUUCUUCUAUCCAUAACAAGUGGCCAUCCACAAAUCAACUUGGAUAAUAUACUUCACCCAUCACAACUACAAGUUCCAACAUUGCAAAGCUUAGGGCUAACUGUAAAAUUAUCAACACCAACUAGUACAGAUGUUAACAAACAGUAUGAUCAUUACGCACCGAGCCCAACAAUCAAACAUGAAGGUACCUUUUGUAACUCCGACUUAUUAUAUGUUUUCCUUCAAUCCCAUGUCAAGAUAUUUUUUAAACACUCACGAUUUUUUAAUGGAAAUGGUUUACAUUCUUUGGCUUCCUCGGAUGAAGCUGUGUCAGCAUCCAAGCAGGCAGUGCUGCCUACAAUGCAACCUAGUGUUUCACCUGAUCAUUUUUAUCAGUCACCAGAAAUAUCUCCAUCUAUACAGAGUCCAGCUACUCAAAGAGGCAAUCAUCAUCUUCAAGAACAAAUGUCUGCUGCUUCGCCAUCUCUUCCAGUUGAACCACAUGUGUCUCAUGCUAAAACUGCUGUGAACACUCCGGCUGCCGCACCUUUUCUACCACAGCCACCCUGGUCAUCUCAACCGCCUCCAUCUUCACCUUCCACUGGCAGUCAAUCAACACGGCCAGCUCCUUUACCCCGUAUAUAUGGCCAUUCUCCUUCUUCAUUCCAUACUCCUCCAACAGGCCAGGACACACUUAGAGUACCAGUUGCUUCACCUCCAGGAGAACUACCCAGCAAAAAAAAGCCACCACAGGAAGUAGUACCACCGGCGCCCAUCGCUCCUGGAUCCAGUCAGGACAAGGAUGGCAUAUCAUUUGCUAGACCUCCAAAUAAUUUGCCAAUUCACAGCCGCUCACCACCAAAAGGCACAAGGGAGACUAGUCAUUUAACUCCUGCCGCUCCACCUUUGAUACACCGGGCCAUUCAAACCCCCCCACAACAGAGGCAACGUCCUCAUUCAAAUGGACCAGUUGCUUCUCCAAGAACAACAAUCCAUCCUGCCAACCAUGGGAAGGCCAAUCGCGUUCCAGUUGCAUCACCUUUAAAAGGAAGACAUCACCAUUCCAUACCUGUAAAUAAUACAGAUGGGAUCAGUGGGGCUCCAGUUGUGGCACCAUCAAAGGGAAGGCAUCAUCGUUCCUUGCCUGUCAAUAGGACAUCUGUAGAAGGACCUGUCGUUUCUCCUCAAAUUUCCCCCAGCAUCCGUAGGAGAGGACAUGGCAUUCCAGUUGCUGCACCGCCAAAGGAACCUUCCAGCCAUGUACCACCUGCAAAUCAUAAACACCACAAAGGUUCCUUUCCUGUCAUAAGCCCUGCUCCACAUAGAACUGGUAAUGCUUCUGCAACAAGCCAUGGACAUUCAGGUUUAGAUCAUAGUCCUGCUCCAGCACCGCUAGUCUUGCCUCCAUCAAAUGGAAAAGAUGGAAAUCCAGCGUAUGCUCCGCAUCACCCUCAUCAAUAUCAUUCACCUUCAUAUUCUCCAGAACAUGCUCUACCACCUGACAAUCCUGCAUUUAGAAAGCCCAGGGCUUUGGCACCAGCACCAAGUCAUUCCUUGCCGCCGCCACCUCCAAAUUCAUACUGCACGGCGUUAAAUUGUAAAGAUCCUAUGACCAAUAGUCCUCCAGGAACAACAUGCCUCUGUGUGUUGCCAAUAAAAGUUGAGCUUCGAUUAGGUAUAGCACUGUACACAUUCUUUGCAUUGGUCUCAGAACUUGCACAAGAAAUUGCAUCUGGAGUGUUCAUGAAGCAAAGUCAAGUUCAUGUUAUGGGAGCAAAUGCUGCAACUGAAGACCCUGAGAAGACAAUUGUCCUCAUUGAUCUUGUGCCAUUGGGAGCAAGCUUUGACAAUACAACAACACUUUCAGUAUUUGAAAGGUUUUGGCGCAAACAGGUCAUCAUAAAUCCUACGGAUUUUGGAAACUAUGAUGUGUUAAAUGUUCAAUACCCAGGUCUUCCUUCCUCACCACCAUCAGCUCCUGGAAAUCUGAACAACAGUCUUAGCAAUGGAAAUGAUCAAAGGUUACACCCACUUGCUGCUGAUAUAGGAAACCACAGAGAAACAAAAGGCAGAGGAAUAAUUGUGAUUAUUGUCCUGUCAAGUAUCUUUGCUUUAAUUUUAUGUGCUGGAGCUGCAUUGGUGAUUUAUUUCAAGCUUAGAAACCGCCAUCAUUUAACCGAAGCAUCACUUACACCAGAAAAGCCUGCAGAUUCUGCAAUAGCCGGGAGUAGGCUAGAAAGCAGACCUAUCUCGGCAUCACCGUCAUUCAGCUCAAGUAUAGUGGCAUAUAAAGGAUCAGCAAAAAUAUUUAGUUUGGUUGAAAUGGACAGAGCUACACAAAGAUUUGAUGAGUCCAGGAUAAUUGGUGAGGGCGGUUUCGGACGUGUUUAUGAAGGUAUUCUUGAGGAUGGAGAACGGGUUGCUGUCAAAGUUCUUAAGAGGGAUGACCAGCAAGGAACCCGGGAAUUCUUGGCUGAGGUUGAGAUGCUUAGCCGAUUGCAUCACAGGAACUUGGUUAAGUUGAUAGGUAUAUGCUCGGAGGAGCAUAUGAGAUGUUUGGUAUAUGAGCUUGUUCCAAAUGGAAGUCUGGAAUUUCACCUGCACGGAUCAGAUAAGGACACUGCUCUGCUUGAUUGGGAUGCCAGGCUUAAAAUUGCACUUGGCGCGGCACGAGGUCUUGCUUAUUUGCAUGAAGAUUCAAGUCCUCGCGUUAUACACCGUGACUUCAAGUCAAGUAACAUUUUGUUGGAACAUGACUUCACCCCCAAGGUUUCAGACUUUGGCCUAGCAAGAACUGCUAUAGGCGAGGGGAACGAGCAUAUCUCAACUCGGGUUAUGGGAACUUUUGGGUAUGUUGCUCCUGAAUAUGCGAUGACUGGGCAUCUUCUAGUGAAGAGCGAUGUCUACAGCUACGGUGUCGUCCUCCUCGAGCUUCUUACGGGCAGGAAACCUGUAGAUAUGUCAAGGCCUCCAGGGCAAGAAAACUUGGUGACGUGGGCCUGUCCUUUUCUGACAAACAGAGAUGGUUUGGAAACACUCAUCGAUGCAUCACUUGGAAGUAGCAUCCCGUUAGACAGCAUCGCAAAAGUAGCAGCAAUUGCUUCCAUGUGUGUUCAGCCAGAGGUGGACCAGCGGCCGUUUAUGGGGGAAGUUGUUCAAGCCUUAAAGUUGGUAUGCAAAGAAGGCAGUGAGUUCAAUGAGUCAACAAGUUUUAGCCAAGAUUUGCAUGUCCAAGACGCUGAGAUUGUAAGUAGGGCAAGUCUGGAUAUGGAUGCAGGCCCAAUGCUGUCUACAGAGCAGUUCACUGCAUCGGCGCGUUAUGAUACCCUGGAUGCAUCUGGUUCUUUUCGGCGGUAUUCAAGUUCAGGUCCUCUGAAGGUCGGUCGAACUGAACACAACAGGGAGCGAGGCUUAUCAACAGGUAGCUCAAGUGAACACUGUGGUCUACAACGAUUUAGGAUGGAUUCAGAGUAGUCAACGUGCGGGCUCAUUUUGAUGACCUGCGCAACGAGGAAGUACCACUGGCUUAUUUUCUGCAAGCCGACCGGACUUCAUAUUUACUGUGAAUAUUUCAGAAAUGGAAACGAUGCCAGAAACGGGUGUACCGGAUGAGGAGCGACCCAGUGGUGGAUGGCAAUGUAGGCCUGGCAUACAUAACAGUCGUGCGGGCUUUCUGUAGCCUUUUCCCUGACGAACUGCACCCGGGGAGCUUCACAACAGAACAACCGGUUCUUCAACUGCAAUUCCUUUGCGGAUUGCAGAAGAAGUUGAGGGUAGUAAGCGAGAGGGUUGCAAUUCAAAGGAAAUGUCCCCUUUCCUCUGGAGAGAGUGCAUGUGGGUGGUUGAGCUUGUUGAGACCAUGGUAGAACACGCGUGAAAAGUACUCCCUCCGUCCCGUAGUAUAGUGUCAAAAACGCUCUUAUAUUAUGGGACGAAGAAAGUAAUUGCGAAAUAAAUAUAAGAUGUAGGAUAUGACUCUUUCUCUGUAUUAUUCAGUUCUUCGGAGAAGAUAUGUACAAUUUUGUAGCACUGCCCCAUAAUA